UCCGGCGGACGGCGAGGUUCAAACGCUGGCUUUUUACACGGUACAUGUGUGUCUCUCAGGCGGUGGAUUAUGUGGCGGUGUGUGCGCGAAUUGCCAAGCUAACAUCUGUUUUUUUUUCGGGGGACUUUGAAUUCUCGCAGAGCACCAUUUUGGAAACUUAAUCAGAACUUUGUGAGAAGAUGGAUAACCUGGAGGAAUCAAAGAGUUGCUCUGUCAGCGUCCUGACCUGGGAGCAGGUGAGCCGGCUGAAUGAAGUUCUCACCGAGGUGGUUCCUGUCCACGGACGAGGGAACUUCCCCACCCUGGAGGUGCAGCUGAAUGACAUUGUGGCUCGAGUUCGCUCACGGCUGGAGCUGAGCGGCAUCAGGGUGAAGGACGUCCGGCUCAACGGCUCCACGGCCAGCCACGUUCUGGUGCAGGACAUCGGCUGGAGCUACAAGGACCUGGACGUCAUCUUCAGGGUCGACCUGCCACACGAGGCAGAGUUCAGGCUCAUUAAGGACGUGGUGCUGGGAACCCUGCUGGACUUUCUGCCCGAGGGUGUGAACAAGGAGAAAAUUACCCCCAUGACUCUGAAGGAGGCCUACGUCCAGAAGCUGGUCAAGGUCAACACAGAACAGGACCGCUGGAGUCUCAUCUCCCUGUCCAACAACAACGGCCGCAACGUGGAGCUCAAGUUUGUGGACUCGAUACGGCGCCAGUUCGAGUUCAGCGUGGACUCGUUUCAGAUCGUGCUGGACUCCAUGCUCUCCUACUACGAGCUGGCACAGGCGCCCAUGUGCCAGGCCUUCCACCCCACCGUCAGCGGGGAGAGCAUGUACGGGGACUUCAACACGGCACUGAGCCACCUGAGGAACAAGCUCAUCGCCACCAAGCGGCCCGAGGAGAUCCGCGGUGGCGGCCUGCUCAAGUACUGCAACCUGCUGGUGCGGGACUUCCAGCCGGCCAGCCAGGAGGAGUUCAAGGGCCUGGAGCGGUACAUGUGCUCGCGCUUCUUCAUUGACUUUCCCGACAUCGGAGAGCAGCAGCGCAAGGUGGAAGCGUACCUCCAGAGCCACUUCAUCGGCGAGGAGAAGAGCAAGUACGAAUAUCUCAUGAUCCUGAAGCGGGUGGUCAACGAGAGCACCGUGUGCCUCAUGGGCCACGAGCGGCGGCAGACCCUCCACCUCCUCUCGGCCAUGGCCUUCCGAGUGCUGGCGGAGCAGAGCACCAUCCCCGACGCCUCCUGCGUCACCUGCUACUACCAGCCGGCGCCGUACGUCCGAGACCACAACUUCAGCAACUACUACGUGGCGAACCAGAACAUUCCCACAUGGCUGCCGUGUAACUGACACAGCAAACGGGUGGAACGGCGUACAGGAGGGCAUCGCUGCUGCUGCUGCUGUUUUUGAGAAGAGAAGAGGAAUAAAAAUAACAUAAAAAAAUCAUUUUUGAUAAAAAUAGAAACAUUAAUAUAGAGGCAAUAAAUGCUAUGUUCCUCUCAAGGCACAAUUAUUUAAGUGGACAAGUGUUUUGCUUUUGUUUUUGGAAUCCUUUCUCAUUCCUUAUCUACAGAGGCGUCUAGGUCAUUGGAUAGAAAGUGACAUUUUUAAGUGUUAUUUAGAUUUAUUUUUCCUCAUGUUUGGUCGUUUCCCUGUUUAUUAUUCUUAAUGGAGUUGUGUUAUGUGCCUUAAACCUCCAGGUUUACCCCUCCAGUACUUUAAGUAUGGGCUAUUGUUUGAAGAAAGGGAAGAAGACAUGCUAUAGCCUUAAAUUUGGUUUUGUUGUUGAUUGAGAAAAAAAAGAAAAAGUGAAUCGCAGAAAAAAAAAACAAAACGGAAAAUGUUAAAAAAUAUUAUUGUGGAAGGGGUAAAAAAAAAAAAAAAAGGUGACGGCCAAAAAAAGGAAAAAAAGCUGAUCACCGGUGUUAAAAGUUUACUUGGGAGGUCUAAAAGGUGGUACACUAAUAACUUUAGGUCACAUCAGAAUCAUUGGGUAGCGAGAGCUGUCAACUUGUUUUCAUUUUGACGUGUAAAUAUCUCUCAUCCACGUCUGAGGCUGCCCCUAAUGUGCCAGCAGUGCCUGUGACUUGUACAACAAUGCAAGAGAAAAUGUGUAUUUUUUUAUUUUCCACUGUGAAGUUCAGCCCUCCUCCCUGUUUAUGCAUUCAGAGUGGAAACCUGGUGUCGGAUAGACGAGCUCCUGCGUUUUAUCCUUCUCCCUGUAUUUUUUUAAAGUCGCUUCCAAAAGCCUCGGUGGUGACCUCCGCAUGUCGCAAUCCUUUGGUUAUUGUGGGAGGCUGACUGACAGGACGGCGUGGACUCGGGCCCGUCGAGGGGGGAACGUUCCUGCCCUCGCCGCCUGGCCAGGAGUCCUGGAGCGUCGGGCCGACCGGCUGCCUCUUCCCUUAAAAGGAGCAGCACAUGGAGGCCUGCCGGGUUCUCCCUCACCGCCCUCAAAUGGGAUCUGAAGCUGCAGCGGGCCAUCUAUAAUUACUCUUCUUUUCCUGGGGAGGAGCCCUCUGGAGGGGGGAGCUGCAGCAGCGUCACCACCUUACAUGAGCGGGAUCUGAAUCAGCCUCCGCUAGCCGAGACCACGCAGCGUUUGAACCCCUUUUGUGGUCAUGGAAGGACGAGACGACGCGUCCGACACCACUCCCCCCCCUUCAGACGUGAUUAAUGUGGAAGCUCCGACCCGGGGGCCGACACAGCUGUGACGGAGUUGCCCCCAUGAAUUUCUAUUUCCAGCUGAGCCUAUUAUUAGCUGUUCAUCUUUUUGAACACUUGCAGCGCUGCCCUCAGCCUCAGCUGUUCCUGCUGCAGGCUGCCAGCUCUCGAGAAAACUUCUCAUGACGUAGGAGACCGCUCCCGUCACCCCUCGGUUCCUCAGAAGCCUAAUUCGGGCUCCUCAUGGCCGGUGUUGGCUCCAGAUAGACUCUUAUCAGGCCGAGCCACGGGGGAUUGUCAUCUUGUUGGUCACAUCUGGGCGUGUCGAGCUGCUCCAUUUUUGUAUGCAGGCUGCCGUAGUGUUUAGUUACUUUUUUAAACAUCAGGUGAGGUGUCGCACGUCGGACCAAAGUCUGCUUUACAACCAGCAACUGAAGCAUUCAAGUGCCUGUCACUUUUGAGUUUAUCUUUUUAAAAAGGGUUUUUUAAUGGUGAUCAGGAAGGGAAAAAAACAAAAAAAAAAGUGCUUAUUUUUUCUAGCCUGUCUAAUCUAAGCCCUGUGAAAGUUUGAGACUGUCAUCACUGUAUUGGUUCAUGGGUGAAUGCAAACAUGCUUUUUGGUUGGGGAGGAGUUUUUUUUUUUUUUAUUUUAAUAUUAUUUACCGCCUUUUUUAAUUUAAUUUAAUUUCAAUCCCGAAACCACAGUUUCCCUUAAAAUCCAUCUAGUCAUUCCUAUUCUCAGCCAUUUUCUUGUUUAUUUUUUUUUCCUUACAAGUUUUUUUUUUUUUGUUUUUCUAUUUUGUUUUUUUUUAAAUUCAACUCUAUUCGCACCCUUAACUUAAUUGGGUUAAAAUGGGUUCUUCUGCCCCCAUCUUUGGAACCAAAGCAAUACCUGAAGUGCACUGAGGAGGCUGGAGGCUGGAGGUGGACCAGCCGAGACCCCCGUAACACCAGAAGCACUUUAAAAAGGUCUCGUUUUACUCCAAACCCAACCACCCGAGAGGAAUGUAAAUAAACUAAACUUUGCUGGAGGGAGUUGAGCUGGUUCUCAGGGACAUGAAGUGUUUUUGAGGACGAUGGUUUUCCCCCCCUUCUUUUUGUUUGUUUUUUUAUUUGAGUGAAUUAAAGACGCCCACUCCUACCUGCCUUCAGCUUCUCUCGUAGGCGGCAGGCUUCAGCAGCGAAGGGGUUUUUAUCGUGACUUGGUUGAAGUCGCCUCCUCCUUGUAGCGCUGACAUUCAUCACCGAAGAUGAUCUUUGAAGGCUUUUAGGGAGGAGAACCUUCAGAAUCUCCAUCAUUCCUGUUUCUUUAUCUUCUCUGAGCGAUGAUAAAUCAGAUCCACUUUCAGAAACUGAAGUCUGCCAUUUAGGGAGAAUGAAUCUUUCCUCUGGCUUCUUGUUGACGGGUCGCUCGUCAAAGAAAAUGCGUGUAUUUUCUCGACACCCGAUGGUGAACGUAGCCUGGAAUGUAUGAAUCCCGUGUUUACGGUUAUCAUAGCUUUUUUUUUCUCUUUCUUUCGAUAUAAAGCUUUACCUUCCCCCUCCAGCUGAAUCCCUUCCUUCGUCAGGGUUUGUCUGUAUGUUCAACUCUUUGUGAGUGAUGGAAAAAACUAAAAAAGCAAAAAAAUAAGAGGAUGAAAGGUAGUUUGCCUUUUUUAUUUUCCGGCCUCCACCUUUUCUUUCUGCUGUAAACUCAUCAGUAUUAGUCUCUCACUCGCCUCGGCUUCAGUCGCCUCGUUCGUUAGGCUGUUGUUGAUAUUAGUGCAGCGUGUUUUGUUGUUUUUCUUUUCCUUUACGACACCUGUAGAUGUAUAUUUCAGCCGAGCGGGUGCAGGGAAAUCUGCGGAUUAGACGUGUAGUGAUUCUGCUUGUCCGAAGUCUUACACCAGGGGAAUGUGACGGAGCCUCUCUGGAAGCUCUCUGCAGUUUCUAUACGAAGAGUUGUGAAUUUUUUUUUUAAUCAUUUUGCAGCAGAUGUGUGUUUAACGCAUGGAGGUUUGCAUGUGUGUAUGAAGGGAUGCCUGUGGUAAAGUUUAAAAAAAACAAAUGGGGAGGGGGUUAAAAAGAUAUGAAAUUUUGUCGCACUAUAUUUUUUUGAAAUAGAUAAUGCAAAAAGGAGCUUUUGUCGGCUUUGUGACGACUUUUGAUGGUUACAACCAUUAUGCUAUUUCAUUUUUCAGCACUUUUACCUCAUUUGAGUUUUUCCUUGGAAUGGAAAUGUACAUCAGGAAAAUGUGUUUGAAGAGGAAAUAAUCAAUAAAGAGUAUUAAAUGCAA